GGACAAGUCGUCACACUUCAACAGUUUCUGUUACGAAGGAAAGUUCAUAGUGACUUGAAAGUUUGAACUACAAAACAGUGAUCAGUGAUUUAUCGAAAUACUGCUAACGAUCUGUACUCAAUCUUACACACCAAGAAGCCACACGUAUCCAAAAUGUCCGGCGCGGGAAAAUACGUUCGUGCGCCACACCGCACAUCGUUGAGUGAAAACGGAGACUCUUCUGAUGAUGAAGUACAAACUGGACAGUUUGUACGUGCUCCUCUUGUCCAUUCGCCUAUGGCCGACCAAUCAUAUACCGAUGACGAAUAUGCUCACUAUUCAUACGCUCCGGACUACAAAGAAAAGCUGGAAGCGCGGGUGCUAGAACUAGAGAACGUUAUUAAUGAGCUUAAGGCUAAGCAACGUACUUCACGAGAAGAACCUACGGCUGGUGAGAAAAGCUCACCGACCAUCCCAUACAUUGCACCAUUGAUCGAACCGACGCCUUCCGUUUCAUCCACCAGUGGUGGAACCGUGCGAUGGGAUAACAUUAAACCAUUUCCGAAAAAUGUACCGGCUACCAAAAUGUGGGAAGCAUGGAUCCGCUUCUUGGAAGACUUCGAGAUUGCGGUGUCACUUUCGAACCUCAAGAAUCCGAAGCGGCGUGUCGAACUUCUCCUACUAUCCAUGGGUGAUGAGUUGAAAAGUAUUGUGCGUGCGGCGAAGCUAAGACCCGCCAGUGAUGAUGAUGACUGCUACAACCAAUUGGUUAAGAACAUCGACCAAUACCUCAAGGCCUUGACGGAUCCGGCAGCAGAACACGAGGAUUUCUCCAAAAUGUGUCAGGAAGAGGGCGAAUCUGCGGUGAAAUUUCAUGCUCGGCUGACAGAGAAGGUGCUGCUAUGUGACUAUAGCCCGAUGGACCAGGAGCGGUUCGUUCGCACGCAACUCUUGAGGGGUCUCCGGAAUCAGGAAGUAAAGAAAACGGCACGCACAUACGGUCAUGAUUCCAACACGAUAGUUCAAGCAGCGACACGAGCUGAAGCGUUCCAAUCCGAAGUUUCGAUUUCUGGAUGCGAGCCGAAUGUCCUGGCGGUAAGCAGCAAAAGGUUCUGGAACAUGCAAGGUCAGCGCAAACGACAGUCAGCAAUUCAUCAGGCAUCGGGAAGUUCCACGAAGAAUUUCAAGUAUGAACGGUCAUCAGCUAACCAGGAGAAUGUAAGCCGUCGUUACAGAUGUCCCAGAUGCUACAGGCUUAGUCAUAGAGGUGGAGUAUGUCCAGCCCUGAGUAAAACAUGCAACUCUUGCGGCCAGCGAGGGCAUUUCGCUGUAGCAUGCCGAGUGGACCGUGUAAAUACGCUGAAGGACAAAUCUCCAGAAAUUCCUGUAGAAGAAGAUCAAAAAGAACAGUUUGUCAAUGCUCUAUCCCUCCAAGACGUUCUCGUGGACUGUCGCGUCGGUUCGUCGACCCCGAUCAAAUUUCUUAUUGAUAGCGGAGCGGAUGUGAACGUUAUAGGAGGUACAGACUGGCAUAAGUUAGAGAUGCAAGUUGGAUUGGGAACAGCUUCAGUUUUGCGAAUACCAGUUUCUAAGUACACCGAUAUACGAGCUUAUGCAUCGGACAAGCCCAUGCAGGUAAAAUGCUGUUUCCGUGCUAAGAUAGAAGCAAUAGGAUUGACGAAGCCAGUUGUUAUGGCUGAUUUUCUAGUUGUAGCAGAUGGUAGAAGGUCUUUGCUGGGUAGAGCUACGGCUAGCGAUAUGGAGCUUUUGAAAGUUGGCGGAAUGGUCAACACCUGCGAGCAAUUGUCUGUGUUUCCAAAAGUACCUGGCGUAAAAGUCAGGUUUAGUAUCGAUCAUACUAUUCCGCCAGUUCGAAAUGCCUAUUACAAUAUCCCAGCCGCCUAUCGCGAGGAAGCUCGUCGGCGACUCAAACAAAUGGAAACAAGAGGGAUUAUUGAAAGAGUAAAUACGGCUCCACUAUGGAUCAGUGGCAUGUCCGCUGUGCCGAAGGGCAAGACCGACUUCCGUUUAGUGGUAAAUAUGAGGGCGCCUAACAAAGCCAUCAAACGGGAGUAUUUUCGGUUACCGCUCAUAGAUGAGAUGAAAGUGAAGUUGCAUGGAGCUAGAUUUUUCAGUAAGCUCGAUUUAUCAGAUGCAUUCUAUCAUCUCGAACUGAGUGAAGAAUCGCGUGAACUGACUACAUUCCUGUCAGAGAACGGGAUGUACCGCUUUACACGCCUAAUGUUUGGCGUGAAUUGCGCACCAGAGGUGUUCCAACGUGAGAUGACACGCAUUCUGAAGGACGUUGAGAAUAAAAUAAUAUAUAUUGAUGACAUACUACUAUUUGCGGAUACUCUUGAACAUCUUAGAACAACAGUGGCCCAUGUGUUGAAAACGCUAAGGUCUAAUAACCUUACUCUCAAUACGUCAAAGUGCGAGUUUGAUUGUUCACGACUCAGCUUCUUAGGACACGAAGUCAGCGAGGAAGGUUUCAAUAUCGAGGCAUCAAAGGUGAAAGAUAUCCGGAGUUUUCGACACCCCACUACGUCUUCGGAGUUACGGAGUUUUCUCGGACUCGCGUCGUUUGUAAGUCCGUAUAUCAAAAACUUUGCUGAAAUAACUGCUCCCCUGUGGUCGGUGUCUACAGCACUGAAAUGGAGUUGGGGAGAUGAGCAGAAAAACGCUUUCGAGCUGGUAAAGCAACGUAUUAUUGAUUCGACUACGUCUUUGGGAUUCUUUUCGGAGUCAGAGAAAACUAUAUUAUAUACCGAUGCAUCUCCGAACGCAUUAGGCGCUGUAUUGGUUCAGGAGGAUGACGAAGGGAAAUCACGGAUAAUCAGUUUCGCCUCCAAAUCUUUAACAGCAACUGAGAAAAAAUACGCACAAAACCAGCGCGAGGCACUAAGUGCAGUAUGGGCAGUGGAGCAUUUCUCCUACUUUUUGCUGGGCAGGUAUUUCAUCCUGCGGACAGAUGCUCAGGGAAUGACGUUUAUUUUAAGUAGAACACGAGAGGAAUCUAAAAGAGCACUAACAAGAGCCGAUGGUUGGGCUUUACGUCUCAGUCCGUACAACUAUGAUGUUGAGUAUAUUAAAGGUAAUAAUAAUAUAGCGGACCCAUCAUCGAGGCUAUACUGCGGGAAAGACGAUGCAUUCAAUGAAGAGCUAAGCCCAUGGGAAGUCUGUCACUUGGGACCACGCAGCAUUGAAUUCCUAACUGAAAGUGAAAUUCGAGAAUACAUGGUGAAAGACGACAACUUGAUACAGGUAGUUCGUGCCAUGGAAACGCAGACGUGGCCAAAGAAACUAAUGAGAUUCAAGUCCAUUGCAAAUGACUUAGUUUUCGUCGACGGAAUACUAGUGAAAAACGGUUGCAUCGUUAUACCUCAAGGCCUUCGGCAAAAAACCUUGGAAAUAGCUCACGCAGGUCAUCCUCUAGAAGCUAAACUAAAAAGCAUUCUACGUAGGCGCGUAUGGUGGCCGGGAAUGGCUGCUGACGCAGAAAACUGGGUCAAGACAUGUGCUAUUUGCGCCGUGAAUGGCCGCCCAGAAAGGCCGCCCCCAAUGCAAAGGGCUUUUGCCCCAAAGAGCGUAUGGGAAACUAUCGCAAUUGACUUUAACGGGCCAUAUCAAAAGUUGGGAGGAAUAUCGAUCCUGGUCAUAAUCGACCUCAGGUCUAGAUAUGCGAUUGCUCGUCCAGUCAAGUCAACGAAAUUUGAGUAUACCAGAGCGGUGUUGGACUCUGUAUUUGAGAGGGAAGGUUUCCCCAGGGCCAUAAAGUCGGAUAAUGGUCCACCAUUCAAUGGCGAAGACUAUGCCAAAUAUUGUUCCGAGCGUGGUAUACAAACAGUAUUCUCAACACCAUUCUACCCGCAGCAAAACGGUUUGGUGGAAGGUUUUAUGAAAAACAUAAAUAAAGCUAUGUCUGCCGCAUUGUCAACAGAAGCAAACUUCCAAAAAGAAUUGCAAGCAGCUGUACAGGCAUACAAUGCAGCAGAUCACAGUAUUACAAAAAUGCCGCCAGAGGAAGUUUUGGUUGGUCGGAAAAUUAAGCGCGGUUUACCGCUUCUGAACUACGGUAGGACAGCUCAUGACGAACAGUUAUUGGAUGAUAGAGAUCGUGAGGCUAAACUACAUUCGAAGCGAAGAGAAGACGCUCGUCGUGGAGCUAAGGAAAGUAAAGUGAAACCGGGGGAUACCGUUAUUGUAGAACGCCAAACACGCGCUAAAGGUGAAAGCCGAUUCAGCUCCAAGCGGUACACCGUGAUGGAAGAACGUAAUGGUCAUUUGGUCCUAUGUGAUGAGGACGGACAGCAGCUCAAGCGUCACGUUUCGCAAACCAAAAGAGUCCGGGACUGGCGCAGAACCGAUUCGUCGGAAACUCCAAGACAGGAUUCUGAAUCCAUACGUCCUGCUGGAGAGGAUCACCGCGAACGACCGCAGCGGGAAAAGCGACUUCCUUCUUACCUGUCCGAGUAUGCCCUAAUGGUAGAACAGACAAAAUAG